GAUGGAAGCAGCAUUUUUGCAAUACAGACUCUCUACAUAUAUUUUGUUCCGAUUUUUUAUUGUUCUCUGUUUCAUUCUAAUUUCAAGACCAUUUGUGGGAACACAGUUGACCUCAACUCAGAAAAAUGGGGAUUGACUCUGGAGUUAAUAUUUCAGAUGAUGUUGCACUUUAUGGUGGAAAAAGUGCCUUUACCCAACUGGAGCACAACAUAGUAGCUGGAUAUCUUAUUACUGCAGGUGUCAUCAGUCUAGCAAGCAACAUUGUGGUGCUGCUCAUGUUUGUGAAGUUCAGGGAGCUCCGCACUGCCACCAACUUCAUCAUAAUCAACCUGGCUUUUACUGACAUUGGCGUGGCUGGUAUCGGCUAUCCCAUGUCAGCUGCCUCAGACAUCCAUGGCAGCUGGAAAUUUGGCUACACUGGUUGUCAGAUCUAUGCAGCUCUCAACAUCUUCUUUGGCAUGGCCAGUAUCGGCCUGUUGACUGUGGUGGCCAUCGACCGCUACCUUACAAUCUGCAGACCAGACAUAGGGCAGAAAAUGACAAUGCAAUCAUACAACCUUCUAAUUCUGGCAGCAUGGCUGAAUGCUGUCUUCUGGUCUUCCAUGCCUCUAGUGGGCUGGGCUGGAUACGCCCCUGACCCCACCGGAGCUACAUGCACCAUCAACUGGAGACAGAAUGAUGCCUCCUUCAUCUCCUACACUAUGGCAGUGAUUGCUGUGAACUUUGUGUUGCCUCUGACUGUCAUGUUUUACUGCUACUACAACGUGUCCAUCACUGUGAGGAGAUACAAAGCUGGCAACUGCCUGGACAGCAUCAACGUCAACUGGUCGGAUCAGAUGGAUGUCACCAAGAUGUCCAUAGUGAUGAUUGCCAUGUUCCUGGUGGCCUGGUCUCCUUACUCCAUGGUUUGCCUCUGGGCAUCACUUGGUGACCCCAAGACCAUUCCUGCCCCUAUGGCCAUCAUUGCUCCCCUUUUUGCUAAGUCCUCCACCUUUUACAACCCCUGCAUUUAUGUUAUUGCCAACAAGAAGUUCAGAAGAGCCAUAAUAGGGAUGGUCAGAUGUCAAACUAGACAGCGAAUCAUCAUCAAUACCCAGGUUCCCAUGACAACCUCCUAACCUCCUCUGACCCAGUGAGAUGAAAUUGGCUCUGAAUGACUCAAUAUCAAUAUAACCUGUCAUUGAAACUAUAUAUAUUGAUAGGUAUGAUCAAAUAACAUGGAUCAAAGUGUUUUCCUUUCUGUUGUAGCUAUUUUUCUGUUGAAUAAUUGUAAAGCUCAUUGUGGUGCUUACUGUGUAAAUUCCGGUUCCUGUGACAUUGUUUGUGUUUCAAUUAUUUCAAUAACAGACCAAUAAUUAAAAUCUUUUUGUGUAUGGACUGAAUUCUUCAACUACUUGUCAAAAUAAUAUCCUGUGCUUGAAAGCUGUCAGAGCAACAAUAGGAAAUCAUUAAUUUCCUUUGCCAAAGAGGUUAUGUUUUCACCUCUGUUUGUUGUUUGUUUGUCAGCAGGAUUGCGCAACAAUUACUGAACUGAUUUCAUGCAACUUGUUGGAAGGAUGGAACAUGGGCCAAUAAA